AUGGUUCAAUCAGCAGCAGCAACAGUAACAGCAGCAGCAACAACAGCAGCAACAGCAGCAGCAGCAGCAGCAGCAGCAGCGGGUAGCAGUUACGCGUCUAGAAUGAGCGGAGACAGCUGGGCAGCUGCUCUCUCGGCUGCCUUCAAAAGGAGAGACGAAGCUGCAGCUGCAGCUAUACUUGACUCCCUGCUCCAGGCCUUGCAGCAGCAACAGCAGCAGCAGCAACAGCAGCAGCAGCAGCAGCAGCAGCAGGUCUCAAAUGCUUCUUUGCUUGUGCCACUGGGCGAUUUGCAACUCCCCUUGCAGUUUGCUGCUGAAGCGGUUGAGUCCGCCCUAAGGCCUGCAGUAAAUGAAGCAGCAAGCGCAGCAGGAGUUGCUGCUGGCAGCAGCAACAGCAGCAGCAGCAGCAGUUGCUGCUGCUGCUACUGCUGUUGCUGCGGAUCGGUUCCUUGCCGUCGCUCCCUUAGACAAUUUGGGAGCUCCUUAGAGACGGCCAGGCCCGCAGAGAGUCACGAGAAGGUACACGCUGCAGCAGCUGCAGCAGCAGCAGCACCUGCAGCAGCAGCAGCAGCACCUGCUGCAGCAGCAGCCGCAACAGCUGCAGCAGCAGCAGCAGCUCCUAUGGAUCUCCUAAACCCUCUUGUUAACCUCUCGUUAACAGCAGCUGCGCAGGUCCUGCGGCAGCAGCAGCAGGGACCGCUGCUGCAGCAAGCAGCACAAGAGGCCUUGCAGCAGCAGCAGCAGCAACAGCAGCAACAACAACAGCAGCAAAACAGAAAAGGAAAUGCUGACGUACACUGCGCUGCCCUCCUACAUCGUCUCCUCCUUGGUGUAAGACAACUUGCUGCUGCUGCUGGUGCUGCUGCUGCUGAUGCUGGUGAGCAGCAGAGGGCUGCAGCAGCAUACAGGUUUUGCUGCUGCAGCAACAGGCAGCAUACGCUGAGAAGUAUAGGAGACAGCAGCAACACAACUGCUGCUAAGGGGUUGCUGCCGUUGAUGCCCGCGCUGCUGCUUCUUAUUGAGGCUUCUGCUCGUGCUGCUGCUCUUUUACCUGCUGCUGCUGCUGCAGCAGCAGCUUUGCUGCAGUUCUUGCUAGAGCAGCAGCAACGCAACUUCACCCGCCCCAAUCACCAGCAGCACGAACAUCAACAGCAACAACAGCAGCAGCAACUGCAGCAGCUGCAGCAGCAACUGCAGCAGCAACUGCAGCAGCAGCAGGCAGAUGCGGAAAUGCAGCUGCUGCGCUGUGGGGUCCACGCCCGUCGAACUGGGUUGCGUUUGCUGCUGUUGCUGUUGGGGACUGCUGCUGCUGCUGCUGAUGAACAAACGCAGCAGCAGCAGCAGCAGCGGCAGUUGUUGCUGUUGCUGCUGCAACGCAGGAAAGUUGCAGCUAAACGGCAUCCCGCAGCAAAGACAUGCAGCAGCUGCCCCUGCACUUCACCGUUUCUGAUGAGUCAGAAGCUGCUGCUGCUGCUGCUGCAGCUAUCAGCAGCAACGUCUCUAGCCAAGGCGCAACGGCAGCAGCAGCAGCUGCAGCAGCAGCAGCUGCAGCAGCAGCCGGAGCAGCAGCAGCAACUGCGGCAGCAGCAGCAGCAACUGCAGCAGCAGCAGCAGCAGCAGCAGCAGCAGCAGCAGGACAAUAUAGCUGGAAUAUUGUGGGGUGUUCCGCUGCUGAGUGAAUUGGCUUCGCUGUCCCGUCGGUUCUGCACUGUCGUAGAGGCAGCAGCAGCAGCAGCAACAACAACAACAACAGGAAAGAGUUCGAAGCAGAAAGCAGCAGAAGCAGCAGCAGCAAGUGCAGCAGCAGCAAGUGCAGCAGCAGCAGAAGCUGCAGCAGAUGAGGCCUUAAGGGAUGAUAUGCUCUUUCUAAUACCACCCUGGGGCAGCCGAAUCGGGCUCAGCAGCACUUUGCUGCAGCAGAAGCAACAUUUGCUGCUGCAGCAGUGGCAGCAAGGCGUGCAGCAGCAAGCAGGACGGCUGCUGGAGAGUAUUGUAGGGAUGUGCUGCUCAUAUGCGGUUGCUGCGCGUACACCUCAGCAGCAGCAGCAGCAACAAGAACAGCAGCAACAACCACCGCAGCAGCAGCAGCAGAAGCAGCAGGAGCUCCAACAUAGAGAAAUGCAGCAGCAACAGCUGCAGCAGCGGAGGCCAGAAGAGCUGCUGCAGCAACAGCAGCAAGCUGCAUUUAGCUGCCCCUGUUGCAGCCCUAUGUUGCGAGCAGCAGCAUUAUAUUUCUGCUGCAGUGCUGCUGCUGCUUCAGUCUCGUUUGCUGCUGUACCUAGCAACAAAACAGCAAACCGCUUGCUGCUGCCUCUGCAGCAACCUUCAUUCCUCUCUCUUUUAUUCAAAGCCAUAGAAAAUCUCAAGCAAUCCCCAGCAGCAAACCGUUCUUAUAGCAGCAGCAGCAGCAGUAGCAGCAGCAGCAGCAGCUGUGUGUGGGGCGCCGCCAGAGGGCUGUGGGUGUAUGCUAUUUCUCUCUCUCUUGCUGCAGCAAUCCCGCUGCAUAAUGAUCAGCAGCAGCAGCAGCAACAGCAGCAGCAGCAACAAUUGACUAAGGAAGUCGCCGAUGGGUUUGAAAGAUUCAUGCUGCUGCCAGCGCUGCUGGUACUACAGCAGCAGCAACAGCAGCAGCAGCAAAUGCAACAGGAGCAGCAGCAAAUGCAGCAGCACCAGCAGCAGCAGGGCCAGGGACAGCUUGGGGAGCUACAACAAAAGCAGCAGCACCCGAGUCUGUCUGGGCAAGAUGAUGCUGCUGCUGCUGCUGCUGCUGCUGCUGCUGCUGCUGCUGCUCGCGCUUGCUGCCUGAUCCGCCAUUCUCCGCUUCCUCCUCUAUUGGGAUGUGCAGCACGACAUGUGGGGCUUGCUGCUGCAGCAGAACUAAGUGCUGCUACAGCAGACACCGAAGCAGAACUAAGUGCUGGUGCAGCAGACACUGCAGCAGCAGCCAUAGAGCAGCAGCAGCAGCAAAGAGACAGAGACAGCAGCUUGUGCCGUAGGAUCUACUGCUGGUGCUGCUGCCUGCAUGCGGUAUGGUUGCAAAUGGAGACGCCUUUUAUGUUUGCUGCUGCAGCAGAUGCUAAUGCUCCUGCUGCAGCAGCUGCUGCAGCGCCUGCGGCAGCAACCGGUCUUGCUGCUGCAAAGGAAGCGAAGUUGCUGCUGCGGCUGUCUGCUUUGUUUGCUGCUGCAUCUCUUCGAGCUUGUGUGCUCUCUAUUCGCUCUUCCUUGCCACUGGCCCCACAGCAGCAGCAGCAACAGCAGCAGCAGCAGCAACAGCAGCAGCAGCAGCAGCAGAAGUGGAAAUAUAUGGUUGGAUCUGCGGUGUACAUACACCUGACGGUGCCUGCAGAAGCAGCAUCAGAAGCAGCAGCAAUGCUGGCUUUGCUGCUGCUAAGAGCAGCAGAUGCUGUUCCAUACCAGUUCUUCUUAAAGGACCUCUUAAGGAGUUUUGCUGCUGCUGCAGGCAGCAGCAGCUGCUUGCAGCACGCAGUUUUGGCCUUCUGCAGCAGCAGCAGCAGCAGCAGCAGCAACAGCAGCAGCAGCAGGCAGAUAUCUGCAGCGCAUCAGCCUGAGCUGCUGCAGCAGCUCUCUAUGAUUGGAUGGGAGCUUCUAGGACCCGCAGCAGCAGCAGCAGCAGCACCAGAAGCAAUAGCAGGAGCAGCAGCGACAGCAGCAGCAACAGCAGCAGCAACAGCAGCAGCACAGAGUACCAUACAUCGAUUAACUUUGCUCUUAGAUGCACUCGCCACCCCGCCGCAGCCGCUGCUGCAGCUGCUGCGAGAAGUAGCAGCACAGCAGCAACUGCUGCUGCUGCUAGCUAAAGCCCUGCAGCUGGCAGCAAUUCGUAACGCAAGCCAUGCUUACGUUGCUGCUGCACACUGCUGCUGCUGCUGCUGCUGCAGCUCCUGCGUCUCUGCAGCAGCAGCCACUGGCAUCUCCUUGGCGGUCGCUUCUAAAAGCAGCAGCAGCAGCAGCAGCAGCAGCAGCAGCAGCAGCAGCAGCAGCAGCAGCAGACCAUUUUGCUGCAAGCUGCGAGUUACCUUCACCCAGCCCAACCGCUGCAGCCGACUCAAGCAGUGGACCCCACACCAAAGCAGCAGCAGCAAAUCAGCAGCAGCACCAGCAGCAGCGGAAGCAGCAGCAGCAGCAGCAGCAGCAGCAGCAGGGAAGGCAGAAGGCACUGUAGGGAUGCAGGCUAACAACACAAAGGUAGACAAAACCAUAGCCAAAGAGCAGCAGCAGCAGCAGCAGCAACAGCAGCAGCGGCAGCAACAGAAGUGGCAGCAGCUGCAGCAAGGGCUCUGCAACGCUGCUGCUUCGUUGCUACUGCAGUGCUGUCUUGUCGGGGGGACGCAAGGCAUUUAUCUGGCGGCGCAGCUGCUGCCCGCGGCGGUAGCAGCAGCAGCAGCUGCUGCUGCUGCUGGAGCGAAUGUAGGUGCUUCUCGCUUGCUGCUGCAGCAGUUUGGCAGCAGGUCGCUGCUGCUCGCAGCACCAUCCCCUCUGCUGCCGCAGCAGCAGCAGCGGCAGCAGCAGCAGCAGGGGGAGGAGCUUCAGCGCCUGUUAUGGAGUGCUAUCCUGCAGCAGGUAGAAGCAGCAGCAGCAGCAGCAGCAGCAGCAGCAAAAGACGAAAGUGAUAAGCGUCUAUUUAUCAUUGCUAAGAAAGAAGAGGAGUGCGCAAUCAACACCCUCAAAUUUGCUGCAGAUCCAAUGCCGUUUCUGUGUACAGCGGGAUUUGAGGUGCUGCAGCAGCAGCUGCACCGUCUUCUCUCCAAUUAUAAAUUUCUUAGGGAGCCAGCGCUCGCGCUGCUGUCGGAUAGGUCGGGCUUACCCCUUGCUGCUGCUGCUGCUGCAGCUGCUGCAGUUGCUGCUUCUUGCGUUGCUGCUGCUGCUCUUUCUGCUGCUGCUGCUUAG